AGACAAAGACACGCUAUUCUCUCUACCACACUCCUGAAGCCCCAAACCUCUCAUUUUAAUUUCCCCUUCGUUUCUCUGGAUAAUCCUUGAUAAUAUUAAGAAAUGGACAUUUAUAAUAUCCUUUUUACAGUAAAAACACCCAUUAUUUCAUCCAAGUUGAUGGGUUUCUUUGUAGAGCUGUAGCAUUGUUAAUUAUUCUAUUUGCCCAUUUCAAGAAUUGCUUUGAAAUGUUUCCUGUGUGUUCAGCAACCGCUUGCUGCUCCUCCCAUUCCCAGAUUACUAUCAAUAAUGGGCUUAGAUCCUUCUCCUCCUAUUGGAAGACCUGUGAUGUAAAGUGCAGUUUAGUGGAUUGGUCCUAUGGAGUUCAGCUUCAGAGUUCAUCCUUCAGAGGACAGCUCAAUGCAUCCCUAUGCUCAAAUUUUGUAGAAAAAAGUGGUAGAUUGGCUUCCACUGAUACCAUCAAUGUUUUCUAUGACCAAACUGAAUUAAAUGGUGUCAACUAUUUAGUGGGAGCGGUCAAUGAUUAUCCGUCUACUGCCACAAGACAUCUGAAAUUUGUUGAGAGCUCUAGUGGAUCCAUUGGAGAAGAGGAACUCACUGAUUUUACCAAUAACUUAGUAGUUGGAAAUGCUGAUCCUCCCAUUCCUGAAUCCAUAACAAUGGAUGUCGUCCAAGAUAAUUCCGCCGCCUUUGCACCUGCUGAUGUUUUGACAGAACCUGUCAUUCCUGAAUCCGCGACAAAACUGGAUGCUAUGCAGAAUACCUCUGCAUCUGAUUCAUUCUCUAUGGAUGCAAGUUCCUUAUCUGGUGUGAAAACAAGUGCUGUUGAUGCUAUUAAUGAAGUGAAUAAGUCAAUCAAUAGCUCUUUUGAGAAAGCACAAAGUUUCUUCAACGAUUCACUAUAUGCAAUUACGUCCUCUAUAAAUUCUGCUGCCAAAGGUGUUUCUGGAACAUUUGAUGAUGCUAUUGGUAAGAUGACAUCAACAGUGGACAAAACUGGAGAAUUAGCUAGUGAUAGAGUUUCUGGCUUCUCUGGUGAUUUAAAGAAUGCCACAGGCAGAGUGGGGACUGUUGCUAUUGAUACAUUGAGGCAAGCUAUUCUUGUUGCUGAGGGUGCUUUAUCUCAAGGGGCCACAUUAGUUGUAUAUGCUUAUGGGUCAGCGAAGGAAUUGCUCCCCCCAGAGAUACAUGAUGUGCUUAAUUUGUCAGAAGAAAAGGCAAUAAAGUUUUUGAGCCCAGUUGGUGCAGCUUUUCAGCAGGUUUAUGUUUCUCUGGAGGGUUUGGAAAAAAUUCUUGGCUUAGACCCCAGUGAUCCCAUUGUUCCCUUUGUGCUUUUCCUUGGAGUAUCCACCACUUUAUGGGGAACAUAUUUGGUAUUAACAUAUGGUGGAUAUGCUGGGGAUUUAUCUCCAGAGUCAACAAUGCAGCUUUUAGUAGGAAAAGAGAAUGCUGUACUUAUUGAUAUCCGGCCUGAGGACUUCAGAGAAAGAGAUGGCAUCCCUGAUCUUAGGCGAGCUGCUCGGUUUCGAUAUGCCAAUGUUACACUACCUGAGGUUGAUGGCUCUAUGAAAAAGUUAUUUAAGAGUGGAAGAGAUCUUGAAAAUGCACUGCUUGCUGCUAUCAUUCGUGAUUUGAAGAUUGUUAAAGCUGGGUCCAAGGUUAUAGUUAUGGAUGAUGAUGGUGCUCGUUCCAAGGGCAUUGCAAGGUCAUUAAGAAAACUUGGACUUAAGAGACCAUACUUGGUGCAAGGUGGCUUCCGCUCUUGGAUAAAAGAGGGUCUUCGUGUCAAAGAGCUAAAACCUGAGACAACUCUUACAAUACUUAAUGAGGAAGCUGAGGCAAUCCUAGAGCAAAUCAAGCCAACACCAUUAAAACUUCUUGGAUAUGGAGCGGGUUUUAUAGUAGCUGUAUAUGCAGUACUUGAGUGGGAGACGACACUACAACUGAUUGGUUUCAUUGGCCUCUUUCUGACUAUAUAUCUGCGACUUGCUUCCUAUGAGGGUUCAGAAGAUUUGAAGCAGGAUAUUAGACUAUUGCUCGUGCCAGUUAGGCUCGGAGGUCAGGCUAUUUCAUGGGCUGUUGGGAAAUUAGAAAAGAAUGGUAAUGGACUGCCCACGUCUCCUUCCUCAACUGAUGUCCAGAGCAGGGUGUUGCAAGCUGCUGCAAAGCACGAGUCUAAACCAUCCGAUAAUGAAGACAUCAAAGAUCCAUCCCCCGGAGCAAUGGCUUCUGUCAACGAGAGCGUAGACCUCUCGGAAGCAUAAUAACUCUUUACAUGUCUAUAACAACUCAAAAGCCCAGUUCCCUGACCAUGAAAGUCUGUUUUUGGUAGGUUCAUUGUGUUUACUGAUGAGAAAAUAAAGUGAUGAUGAUGAUGGCAACAGCAAUUAUGUACAGGGAAGAUAUUGAAAAUCCUUACUGGUUUAUGUAAAGUGCAUUCUGAUUUGAGGAUAAAAUGGAAUGGCAAAAAUCUGAGAGGUCAUUAUCUAUAUGCAAAAAAAUGAUAUUUGUUAAUAGAGUUAUCGCCUUUCAUAUUCA